AUGAAUGAAGCUAUAUUUCUCGAGACUUUAUUUGUAAUAUAUAUUUCGUUGAAAUUCAGCAGUGGUCUGGAUAUAUUUGGGUCCAACUGUGUUACGCCGCCUCUAUUAUGUCCAAAUGAAAACAUUACUUUUUGGUUAUAUACACGGAAAACCGCAAAUACUCCCACGGAAAUCAAAACAAAAGAUAUAGAAUCGAUUCGCUCCGCUCCGUGGGUGAAGGAGGCUCCAAUCAAAAUUCUAAUCCAUGGUUACACGGGAUACAGAGACUUCUCUCCAAACACGGAAAUACGACCAGCAUACCUCGAUUGCUGUGACUACAACAUUAUAUCCAUAGACUAUAAUCCAAUAGCAUUAGAACCAUGCUAUAUACAAGCAGCCACCAAUACAGAGCUGGUAGGUAUGUGCACAGCCCUCCUGAUUGAUGAGCUGGUGAAUGAAGGCUUCAGACUGGAAGACAUUCAUGUUAUAGGGUUUAGUCUUGGUGGACAGGUAGCCGGGUUUAUUGCUAAUUAUAUACAGUCAGGUCAAAUUGAGAGAAUAACAGCACUUGACCCAGCCUUACCGCUAUUCGUGACAUUGGACAAACACAAGAAAAUUGAUGCUAGCGAUGCUAAAUUCGUAGAUGUACUUCAUACGAAUUCGUUACAAAAAGGAAAAUUGGAACGUUGUGGUCAUAUAGAUAUCUUUGCUAAUGAUGGCGUGGAUCAACCGGGUUGUACAUCUACUGAAAAUAUUACGAAAUCAAGCUGCAGUCACUCCAGAGCUCCAUUGUAUUACGCGGAGUCUAUAACAACGAAGACAGGCUUCUACGCUUCAAAAUGCCACUCGUGGUUUACAUAUAUCUUGGGUUUAUGCCACAUCAUUGGCAGUGGUGACGAGAUACUUGUCGGUGAAUACGUUUCCAAAAAUGCGUCUGGCGUCUAUUUCUUUACUACGCACUCAGAAUCGCCGUAUGCACGUGGACCGUCCAAUUCCUCAAACAAUUCAGAAGUUUUCGACGACUCUUAUGAGGACAAUUCAUUACUUUCAUCAUUGUCUACCUCUUUAUUUGGAUGACACGAUUGUUAUACCUCAAAUAAAUAUAAUUUAGUAAGUUAUAUGCGAAACGAAAAACAGGAGCUAGUUUAUGAUUUGAAUUUCGAACUACACGAAAUAUGCUAAUAAUUAAACAGAAACUUUAUUUCAGAAAUCGUGGUGUGCUUCAUUGAUAAUUUAUUGUACUAGUCGAACGUUUCCAAGAUUUUAAUAUAUAGAAACUCCGCGGUAUACAUUGUCAUCCCAAAAUGGCCGCUACGAAAAGUAAAACACUUUAUUUAGGUUAUUUAUUAUUAAUGAAUUAACCAAAGAUGUUUCAACCAAAGCUCGAUGUAACUUUUGUAUUAUUAAAAAAAAACUUUUUAAUUUUUA